CUAGAGGUCUCGGGUAUAAAUGCAGGGGUAUCUUGCCAUUGAGUCGUUCCUGCAUUUCGCCUGAGAACCUCUCUGUCUGUUUUUGAAGAUUUUCAACCUUUUGAACUUCAUAUAUGGCAAAACAAGUUACCGUACUUGUUUGUGGAGCAGGGAAUGGUGGCCAUGCAGCAGCGGGCCUCGCCGCGUCACGUGAGAACAUUGAAACGAGGGUCCUUACGUUGUUUCCUGGCAGUGCAGAAAGAUGGACGAACAUCAUGAAGGAUCAUUAUCUCAGAAUUACCAUCGACGAAGGUGAUACUGGCAUCAGAAACGGACAAUCCAUAGAUUUCAAUGUUAAACUGCCUUUCAUCACCAAUGAUGCAUCAAAGGCGGUUCCAGGAGCAGAUGUCAUAAUAUUUACUUCUCCAGCAUUUGCCCAUCAGAACUACCUUGAAGCCAUUGAGCCCUACAUUCAACCUAACACCACCAUUGUUGGAAUGCCCGGUCAGCCUGGGUUUGAGUUCCAGGUGUUUGAUGUGCUUAAGGACAAGGCCAAUCAGUGUGUCAUCAUGUCGUAUGAGUCUUUGCCUUGGGCAUGUAGGAUCGCCGAAUUUGGGAAAUGUGUUCAUAUCCUGAUGGUAAAGGUAAAUCUCAUGGGAUGUAUAAUUCGAGGUCGGAGCAUGCCUUCGUAUGAUCCAAUGGAAACUGUUCAGAGAGUGAUGGGAAAAGCACCUAUUCUUACCGUGGCAAAUAAUUACAUCGAACCAAUUCUUGCAACGAAGGCUAUAAUCCAUCCGCCGAUAAUGUAUGGCAAAUGGAAGAACUGGGAUGGUAAGCCACUUGAUAAGAAGCCCCUCUUCUAUCAAGGUCUUGACGAAGAUCAAGCUCGUUAUCUUGGCGGUAUAAGUGACGAGUUAGUGGCGACGGCUAAAGCUAUUGCGACACAGAGGCCGGAAGUGAAUCUUUCCGGUGUCCUUCAACUUUACGACUGGUACCUUCGCGAUCAUAAACCAUACAUCAAAGAUUCAACUAGUCUCCAAACUGUCUUGCAGACAGACACGGCAUAUGACGGCCUUGUCCAUCCGAUGAAGGAAACAGAAGAUGGCAAAUUUGUUCCAGAUUUUCGCUACCGGUACUUGACAGAGGAUGUACCAUACGGCCUGGCGGUGACCAAAGGGCUAGCCCAGAUCGCGGGCGUCCCCACACCCUACCAUGAUGAGGUGAUAGCCUGGUGUCAGAAGCAGCUGGGGAAGGAGAUCAUUGUUGGUGACGAGCUGAAGGGGAAAGAUAUAGGCAGUACAAGAUGUCCCCAGCGUUAUGGCAUUAAUUCUCUCGAUGCUCUUGUCAAGUCCAUCACACUCUAAUGUAUCACAUUUUCCAUAAGUUUGUUGAACCAUACAAUCACCUUCAAAAGACAAAUCAAUGCAGCAAUCGAAAUCACUGGGGUUUCCGUAACGCUGAUAAUGUGAAUUGUGGAAUUGCCGGAUAUGCUAGUAUAUGGAAUUACCUACAUGCAUUUCUUAUGGAACUGAUGUUUACGUACCAAAGUUUUAAUGGAAACAUCAAAUUUAGAAACACUUUUAAAAAAAAAAAAUGCUUCAUAGUUCC